GUUUCUUUAAAUAAAAAUCAUGAAUAUUAAGGUAAGAAAAUCAUAUGGGGAAUUGGUGAAUAUAGAAAUCGAAGAAUUCGAGGAUUGGGACUUAUAAGAAGAGUGAGGGACAAACCAUGGUCACCAAGACCGAGGGUGAUUCCAAUCCCAUUCCUGGAUCUCUUCUCUGGGUUUGAAUCUGAUUCUGAUCUAGUGGGGAAGAAGAGAAAUGGGGUUUGGGGAAGAUGAAGAAUCAGUGGUGGGGUUGCCCAACAAAUCCAUAUUCAGAUACAAUUCCCCACUGGUUCAGGUCUGUUUGAUUGGCUUGGUAUGCUUCUGCUGUCCAGGCAUGUUCAACGCCCUCUCUGGGAUGGGGGGAGGUGGGCAGGUGGACGCCACCGCCGCCAAUAACGCCAACACCGCCCUCUACACCACCUUCGCCAUCUUCGGCGUCUUGGGUGGUGGCAUCUACAACAUCCUCGGCCCCCGCUUCACCCUCUUCGCCGGUUGCUCAACCUACAUCCUCUACGCCGGUUCUUUCCUUUACUACAACCACUACCAGCACCAGGCCUUCGCCAUUGUCGCCGGCGCCAUCCUCGGAAUCGGAGCAGGACUGCUCUGGGCGGGGCAGGGAGCUAUCAUGACGUCGUACCCCCCGCCGGGGAGGAAGGGUUCAUACAUAUCGCUGUUCUGGAGCAUCUUCAAUAUGGGAGGCGUCGUCGGCGGGCUCAUCCCCUUCAUUCUGAACUACAACCGGAGCGAGGCUGCGUCCGUGAACGACGGUACUUACAUUGGGUUCAUGUGCUUCAUGUUUGCCGGCACCGUCCUCACGCUGGCGAUCCUGCACCCGAGCCGCGUGGUUCGGGACGACGGCAGCCACUGUACCAACAUCAAGUACUCCGAUGUGUCGACGGAGGCCGUCGAGAUUCUGAAGCUGUUCCGGAAUUGGAAGAUGCUGCUGAUGGUCCCGGCGGCAUGGGCCAGCAACUUCUUCUACACCUACCAGUUCAAUCAUGUGAACGCUUUUCUCUUCAAUCUGAGGACCAGAGGCUUCAACAAUGUGUUCUACUGGGGAGCCCAGAUGGUGGGCUCUGUGGGGAUUGGGUAUAUCCUGGAUUUCAGUUUCCAGAGCAGGAAGAAGAGGGGUUUUGUGGGGAUUGGGGUUGUUGGUCUGCUUGCAACUGCAAUUUGGGCUGGUGGCCUUGCCAACCAUCUCCACUAUGACCGGACUCUGACCCACAAACUGGACUUCAAGGACUCUGGGUCUGAAUAUGCAGGUCCAUUUGUGUUGUAUUUUAGCUAUGGAUUGCUGGAUGCCAUGUUCCAGAGCUUGGUUUACUGGGUGAUUGGAGCCCUGGCUGACGAUUCAGAGACCCUUAGCAGAUACACUGGGUUCUACAAAGGGGUUCAGAGUGCAGGGGGAGCAGUUGCUUGGCAAAUUGAUGCACAUAAUGUCAAAAGGCUGUCCCAGCUGAUUGUGAAUUGGGUGCUCACCUCAGUAAGUUACCCAUUGUUGGCAAUUCUUGUCAUGUUGGCUGUAAAGGAUGAAAAGAAAGUUGAAACCAAGGAGGAUGAUGAUGCGUUCGCAUCUGCAAAAGCUUCCACUGCAGAAGAAAUAACUGGGGGGGAACUCAGCAAGCCAGCCUAAACCAUCUUUUGGGAUCAUUGCACUGCCUUUUCUCCCUCUUUCGUUGGUGUUCUUUGUUUUACUCGGUGGCAUAUAAUCUUUGGAUGUUAAGAGUUUUUAAUUUCAGUGUAAAUGAUACUUCUACGAAAAGGUGUCAUGAAUUUGAUCAAAUGUUAUAAAGUUUUAUGUUCUGUGUAGGAUCUUCU